AUGGAAUACAAUCCAGCGUACCUCGACGAGGAAGAACUACCCCAGCUCGACCAAGACCACAACUCUGGAGCCGUUGAGCAACAACAAUACAUACAUGAUACAGGUUUGAAUGGAAACGGUCUGCCCCCAGACCCUCGUCAAGUUGUAGAUGAGGAAGAGCUUUUGGCUGCUCAAGCAGCAGCUGAUGCAGCAGUAGCUCAGCAACAACAACACGGUAUUCCUGGAGGUGUUUUCGCCAAUGUGGCCCAAGGAUUGGUCGGCAAGAACAGAGACACGAUGAUGCAGUAUUGGCAGGAAACAAUCAAUUCGAUCGAACAUGAUGACCACGAUUUCAAGAACCACCAGUUGCCCUUGGCACGGAUCAAGAAGGUGAUGAAGACAGACGAAGAUGUGAAGAUGAUCAGUGCAGAGGCUCCAAUUUUGUUUGCCAAAGGGUGUGAUGUUUUUAUCACGGAAUUGUCUAUGCGAGCGUGGAUUCAUGCUGAGGAAAACAAGCGCAGAACCCUCCAGAAGUCCGACAUUGCCGCUGCACUCACUAAAAGUGACAUGUUUGACUUCCUCAUCGAUGUCGUUCCACGUGAGGAGGAGAAACCCAAGAAGUCGUAUCCACAACAUCGUCCCAGUUACGGCCAUACACCGCUGCAACUCAACAUGCUCAACCAACCGCACAUGCAACACAUGCGAGGCAACGUUCCUCCAGGACCCCCAGGUGCCCCUGGCCAUCUACAGCAGCCUGGUGGAGCUCCGAUUGCGGGUAUUGUGGGCGACAAGAGAGAAUCGGAUGUUGGUCUUAUCAAAACCGAGCUUCUGCAACAGGCCAUGCCGGGCAUGAAGGGUACGCAGUCGCCAGACGGGCAGCCGUCGUCACACAACGGAACACACAUGUCGCCUCCGCAGCGAGCAGGAGACGAGAAACUGGAGAUGUAUGGGAACUACUCACACUACGAAGGAAACUACUAG